UGUGAGUGAUGAUCGAUUCCAUCUGUUUUUAGUCCUUUUCAUCUUUGUCUUGACCUCUACCUCAUCCACCUCCCUCCUGUGUCUAGUGACUAUGUUGCUCUAUGAAGACAUCAUUACCGGCGACGAGAUGUUCUCGGAUGCCUUCCCGGUCAAACUCAUCGACGACACUGUGUUCGAGGUGGACUGCGCUAUGAUCACCAUAAAGCCUGGUGCCGAUGUCGACAUUGGUGCCAACCCGUCCGCUGAGGAGGCCGAUGAGGCAUUGGAAGAGGGAGCCGUCUCCGUGAAUAACGUGGCCUACUCUUUCCGUCUCCAGGGCACCUCCUUCGAUAAAAAAUCCUUCCUCACUUGCCUCAAGGCGUAUAUGAAGGCUGUGAAGACCAAGCUUGAGGAGACGAAUCCUUCCCGCGUCGCUGUUUUCGAAAAAAAUGCCGCCGCAUUCGCGAAGAAGGUCGUCGCCAACUUCAAGGACUACGAAUUCUUUACCGGUGAGACCAUGAAUCCGGAUGGCAUGGUUGCCCUUCUCAACUACCGCGAGGACGGUGUUACCCCUUACUUCACUUUCUGGAAGGACGGUCUCAAGGAGAUCAAGCUUUAAACGCCUGUUCCCUUAUAGAAGGGGCCGACUUUGUGCUAUUAGUGUUGUUUCAAUUGUAUAUGAUCAACUUGAGACCAUUGGAAACCGUGAAGGUUUCGUUGACCUGAUCCGUCCUCGAAGAUGCAGGCCCCCAACGAGAGGUCUUGCUAAAAUUGUCAUUAUCGUGCCGGAAAUGUAAGUGACUUGCAAUACAUCAUGUGGAGGGUCCAGAAACGGCGUCUAAAGAUUGCCGAACGACAUGGUAUACUUUUGUUGUUCAAGCUUUCAAAUCCAGGUUUAAAACUACUCGACUGCCUGUUUGGAUAGCUGCAUCGAUCUCGUCGGAUUUUGCUGGCCAAAUAGCUCAUUUUCGCUUUUCCAAGCCAGGACCGGAGUUGUGGGGGUGUGCGCAGACUCGAGUUUCGUUCAACUAUCAAGUGGACUAUCUCAUCUCUGAUUUCCCAAAGUUUGAGAGCCAUGUCAGACCGUGCUGUAAAUUUUGGCGAUGAGCGCAGGUGAAGGGAUGACAUGUUUCAACAAUAUCGAGUUUAACUCGGAUAAAGACGGGUCAAGUCUGGUUCAGGAUGAUACAAGCUACGGGCUGCGGGGAAGCGAUAAAUGCGCAAUGACCGGGAUGUCAUAAUUCGAUAGCUUCAAAGCACGUGCAAUGAGAUUUGGCGUUGGCGGUCCUCCUCCACGUGACGAUCUGAUCUACAGACAUUCAGCACAACCUGGGUACUUCCUGUGCUCCGCUCCGUUUGCUUCACUAUGUCUCAGGCUUUGGAAUCUCUCGUCACUUCAUUAGUAUCCGCGUCGAGGAACGACGAGGCUCUCAAGGCCGAACUUGUCUCUCAUUGUCAUGGAAUUCUUAGCAGCAAUAUUGGGGCCCAUAACUACGAACCAGAUCUGGGGCAUCUAUCAGAACUCAUAAAGAGACAUCUCUUGCAGUCCAAUCCCUCCGGCGCAUCAGCACUGAAAUUCACGAAUCUUCUCGCACGGUUUGUUGAUCAACCUAUCCUCUCGCGAAAACACGCGUCCAUUUUGUUCCUGCAAUCCCUCGCCUCAUCGUCUUCUCGUCCUAUUAACGGCCUCCUUCCGACACUUGCCCCGCCUCCUCCUAAUCGAUCAAAUUUGCCGCCAAACCCUGUUGAAACCCCCGUCUCCCGAUUGCCGCGUGGCAGGUCUAAGGCAGACAUAUUGCGCGAAUACCGUUCGAAACUCGGGCGGCAGCAACUUCCGGAAAACCUGCUUCUCCGUGACACGCUGUAUCUUCUACAAGGAAUUUCUGGGAAAUACGUUAGGUUCUCAGCUGACGAGGUGGAUUCGGAGAACCAACUCGGUUUUGUGGAAGAUUCGAGGUAUAUCAUAUCCCCUCCUACGAGAGCUCUGAUCCAUCGGCUGGCUGAAGUCGGGCAUCUUUACACCCGUGUUGAGACUUUCGUUCGUGACCGGGAGGGUGCCACCGGAGUGGGGAUGAUUGAGCAAAGUCUAUGCCACCACCUACAGGCCCAGCUGACCGAAUACUAUCGGCUGAUCGCCAUUCUUGAAUCUCAGAUGAGCAUGAAGGAUGACGACACGAGUUUGAAGGAGGAGGAGACCGGCCUGACCUUACGGCGGCUCGAUGUAUGGAUCAACGACUGGCGGCUCAGGAUGAGGAUGAUGAGCGUCUGCGUCGAAGGAGCCAGAGACGCUCAGGGAGGCGCGCUGGUCAACCUCAUUCACAGCUAUACAGACACUGGCGAUCCAUUCGUUCGCAAGUUUACCGAUCAGCUUCUGGAAGACGUUUCAAAGCCUUUCUUUGCAACACUUCACAAGUGGCUGUUCUCUGGCGAAUUAUACGACCCGUUCUCUGAGUUCUUCGUUGCGACGGAUUCUAGUUUGGCUGAUGUGCAAUACGUGCAUCCUUCUUCAUUGGCUGGCGGCAUCGGGCCCUUGGCUGGCGAUGGUGGAUUCGGGGGGAUUGGCGGAGACGGCGAUGACGUAUCGAUCGAAAGAGACAAUGGCCUCAAGCUUUGGCAAGUCAAGUAUCAGUUUCAGGAGAACAUGCUCCCGAUGUUUGUGGGCGAGACGUUCGGCAGAAAGAUCUUCUCCACCGGAAAAAGUUUGAAUUUCAUCCGCUACAGCUGCCAUGAUAGCGACUGGGUUGUCACCAGAGAGAAGAUGAGUAACACCGGAGGAACGUUGAAAUACAGCGACAUCGCUGGACUGGAGCGAUCGAUCGAUGCCGCAUAUCAGAUUGCCAGCCAGCGGUUGUUCGAAGUCUUCAUUGAUAAGUUUCAGCUGCUCGAUCAUCUCCGGGCUUUGAAAAAUUACAUCUUACUUGGCUAUGGUGACUUUGCGGAUCAGCUGAUGGAAGCAUUGGGAUCCAGCCUCAACCGACCCGCCAAUGUCCUGUUCCGCCACAAUCUCACAGCCACACUAGAGGCGGCGAUCCGGUCGUCAAAUGCUCAGAAUGAUCCUUCAGACGUACUACGUCGACUUGACGCCCGAAUGCUCGAAUAUUCGCAUGGGGAGAUCGGCUGGGAUGUGUUCACUCUGGAGUACAAAGUCGACGCGCCAUUGGACACAGUGCUCGAUCCAGAUUCGCUCAUCAAAUAUCUGAAACUGUUCAACCAUCUGUGGCAGAUGAAACGAGUCGAAGGAGCGCUCAGCACGGGCUGGAUGAAGAUGGCUGGCGGCGCACGGACCUUUUUGAGAGUGCCUGAGCUGGAACAUCACUGGCAUCAAAUCCGGCUUGCUAUGGCUGAAAUGGUCCAUUUUAUGCGGCAGAUGCAUGCCUACUGCCAUCUGGAUGUAAUCGAAUGCUCGUGGAAGGCCCUGCUCGACUUUCUGAACAAAAAGGAAGGAGAUCUUGACGCUAUGAUCUUCGCGCACCGAGCAUAUCUCGAUCGCAUGCUCAACAAAGUUUUGUUGCUAAGCCCUAAAGCCGGAAAACACGAAGUGAUUCUGAACCAAGUGAAAGAAGUUUUUACGACUAUCCUCUUGUUUCGCGAGGCGGCGGACAACUUCUACAACUUCUGUUUGUCAGAAUCUGCGAGACGCGACAAUCAGCUCGAUACACAACGGGGUGUUCACACUGGCGAAGACUAUGCAACCCAGGACCCGGAAGCCGCGACGCGCAUGGUGAACCAAGUGAAAGAAUAUAGCACGUCGUUCUCAGAACGAGUCCAUACGAUUGUGCACCAGCUGCAAAGCCAUCCGGACUUGGAUUGUCGUUUCCUGGGCAUUCGAUUGUCGUUUUCCGAGUUCUACCGGAAGAAAUCAUGAAAAGAAGAGGCCAUGUGAAUAAUUUCAGAGUCUGCCGGAGCUUCGAAGUGCGCCUGGGUCUCUUCCUCGUCGACGUGUUCAGGAACUUCCAAUGAGAAACUGGUAUGCGCAUGCAAAAGUC